AUGGGGACAUGGCAGCCGGUGACGCUUCCCUCCAUCCCGUUUCAGGUCCAAGAUAUCGAGUUCACCCAGAUUGAAAUGAAGGUCAUUGAGGGCCUGAAAAUCGGCAAUGAAUGUCUGAACAAAAUGCACCAGGUUAUGUCAAUAGAAGAGGUGGAGAGAAUAAUAGGUGAAACGCAGGACGCGGUGGAGUACCAGAGGCAAAUAGAUGAGCUGUUGGCUGGCAGCCUGACUGAAGAAGAUGAAGAUGCCAUUUUAGAAGAAUUAAAUGCCAUUACUCAGGAACAGAUGGAGCUUCCAGAAGUUCCCUCUGAGCCGCUCCCACAAGAGGUUCCAGAAGCAUCACCCGUCAAGAACAGGCCAAAGCCAGAACUGGUGGCAGCCUCUUAACUCCGGCCUCCGGGGCUGCCUCCGUUCCUUUGUCCCGGGACAAUUCGGGAGAUCUCAUCCCAUCCCAGCGCGUGCUGGGACCAAGCGCCGCCUUGGCAGCAUCCCAGCUGUGCUGGGCGGAUCGUGGAGCAGGAUUCCCUCUGCAGGGUGGGGAACCUCGGCUGAUUAUUGCUCUUGUAUCAAGAUUAUUUUCUAGUGCUUUCCUUUUUUUGUAACUUAAAUUCUGAACUCACUCAGCUGCGCUGUCUUGGGAUUAAGCAACAGCUCUAACCCUGCAAAUCC